AUGACGGUCAAUGGUAACACGAAGUUUGGGAGGAGACUCAUCCCCCAGAUUCUUGAUCGUCUUGCGUUGGCUGAUCCAGAACGUGUCAUUUAUUCCAUUGCCUCUUUCCCCAAUGACCAACCAAGCUUUCGAGAAAUAACUGCGCGUGAGUUCACAAAGGCUGUCGAUAAGACGGCUUGGUGGAUUCGAAGUCAGCUUCAUUCAACGAAUGGAGCCUCCAAUGGAGAUACGAUUAUGUCCUCAAAGAUCCAAGCUUUGGGCUAUAUCGGACCUCACGAUAUACGUCAUGUUCUAUUGACCUAUGGCGCCGUCAAGGCUGGUUGUGCAGCUCUGUUUCUUUCAUCUAAGAACAAUGUCACUGGUGCCCUAGCCGUACUUAAUGCUGCAGACUGCGGCAUCUGGGUCAAGCCAAAAGAGCAGCCAAUGCUUCCUCUUUUAGAAGGUAUUCUACAAGAAAAGUAUUUGAAGAUUCUUGAGCUCCCAAGCAUAGAUGAUCUUUUUGAUGGUGAGUCUGUGGAGCCCUUCCCCUUUGAAAAAGCAUUCGAAACCUCCAAGAAUGAGCCAUUCUGUAUUCUUCACACAUCGGGCACUACCGGUGUACCGAAACCUAUCCUUUGGACUCAUGCACUGAUCGGAACAAUGGAUGCUGUUCGUUUGCUUCCACCUACUGAAGGCGAUGACGGACUAGCUCCAUGGAUGGACAACUGGAAUCCCGGAGAUAGGAUAUACUCUUCUUUCCCGAUGAGUCAUGGCGCCGGUGUACUAAUGGACAUUGUCAUACCCGCACUAUGCAGUCUACACUGCAUUCUCGGACCUGCAGGUGUUUUGCCUAAUCUCGGAUUGCUCGAGUUGCUUGCCGAUCAUGCCAAGGUCGAUAUAUGGAGCAUGGUGCCGUCACUUGCAGACGAGCUGGGCGAACACCCUGAUGUGUUGGCCAAGUUCAAGCCUUCAAAAUUCAUUUGCGCCUCAGGUGGACCCGUCAGUCCACUCAUCGUGUCUGAAGUCAACAAAGUGGUCAGGGUCCUCAACUUGACUGGCACAACCGAAGGUCUUUUCAUCGGUAACCUGUGGGUACCUAGAGAAGACUGGCAUUGGUUUGCCUUUCAUCCCUACUCAGGAUUCGACUUCAAAGAAGUUCAACCGGGUAUCUUUGAACAUUGGGUACACAGGAAUGAGCAUUGGGAACUCUUCCAAGGCAUUUUCCACACAUUUCCUAGUCUUGAAUCUGUCAACCUCAAAGACUUAUAUAUCAGGCAUCCGACCAAUCCCAAUCUUUGGUCUUUUACAGGGCGAAGUGAUGACGUUGUCGUCUUAUCCAAUGGCUACAAGAUCUCGCCUCUAGACACAGAAGCAUUGAUCACUACACAUCCCGAAAUUGACGGUUGUCUAUUGCUUGGGUCAGGAAAGUCUCAAGCUGGAUUACUUAUCGAGCUCAAGGAUCCCUCUCAGAGAAAUAACGAGCUCUUUGACAGUAUCUGGGCAAUGGUUGAGAGGGCGAACAACUCUACGUUCCAAAAGACACGCAUUCAGAGGGAAUACAUCGCUUUUGCGGAGGCCGAUAAACCCUUCAUACGCACAGACAAGAGAACUAUCAAGCGUCGUGCGACAGUGGAACUCUAUUCCGAUUUCAUCGAACGAUUCUAUAACUCGAGAAACGAGGAAGUUGAGGACGAGGAUUUUGACCAAUUCUCCAUUAACACAACUUCGGACGAGACUCUUCUAGACUCUGUUCUCCAGAUCAUGCGGUCAGUGCUGCCUGAAGUCGAGGGCUUUUCUCCCGAUGAGGAUGUGUUUGAUCUCGGGCUAGAUUCUCUUCUCGUCGUUCGGGUCAUCAGAAUCAUUCGCGCUGUGACAGGCCUAGAAGAGCAACUUGCUCCCCGGCACCUGUACGCUUAUCCAACUUUGGACGAGUUUUCCUCGCAGCUCGCAAGAAUUCUAGAGCAAGAGAAAGUGAAGAAGACUGCUGUGCCUGAAAUACCUAAUGGCAAAGGUUCAGACAUUCCUCUUGAUACACGUUCGACCAAUAUUGGAAACCUCAUCGCUGAACGUAAGCGGCGGAUCGGGUCCAAGAUGAAUCCAUUUGAUGCUGUGAAUCCCAAUCACUACAUGGGUCUCAACUUUUACUUUGCUCUUCGUCCGGGUGUCAGCUUUGAGGAGGCGUUUGUCAAAUUGCAGAGGGGAUUGGCGAAGGCUUUUGCGAUUAUUCCAGAGCUUGACGGCAAGAUGAUGCUGGCUUCAGAACACGAAUUUGGCUAUAAAAAGGGAGAAUAUCGUAUCACAAUUCCUCCCGAACCACUCACUGAGCCUGAAAAGCCCAGGCAGCUCAUCUACAAGGAUUUGUCUCAGGUUCUCCCGUCAUUCCAGAAGAUGCGCGAAGCUGGGUUCUCGCCGUCUUUGUUUAACGAUGAGCUCGUCCUAGACUGCCAUCCAUUUCCCACGAUGCCAGCUGAUAUCUUGUUUGCUCAAGCCAAUUUCGUUGAGGGCGGGUGCAUCCUGGCAACUAACUUCAUCCACACUUGUCUUGAUGCUGUGGGUGUCAUGAUGGCUCUGAGAGUCUGGGCUGAGUGCUGCAGAUAUCUCGACGGGGACCAUACAGCAACUUGCGAUUGGUUUGACCCCGAAAGCUUCAAUCAUGAUCUUCCGGAGAUCAUCUGGGAACAAGCAGGAUAUGCGAAGCCCGUUCAUGAAGUAGACCCGGGCACAUGGGGCUAUCUGCCGUUCCCAGAGAAAAUCGCAGAGACAAGACUUGAAAAUGGCCUCCAAACCGGAGAGGGAGAUGCUGCUCGACAGAAUGGCGUAACAAAGAGUGUUCUCCCCCCAGCGCCCAUAUUCGCAGGUAGCCCUGUAUGGCCGGCCGCCCCCAGCGAACGAUCGCUAAACACGACUGUCUUCCUACUUUCUGGCGAGAGUAUUCACAAUCUCAAGCAGGAGGCCUUAUCGGAUACCGUGGCAAGGAAUCGAUCCACAUCAAUCAUCGAUGUUGUGCAAGCAUUCUUUUGGCGUGCUUCUAUACGAUCUCGCUACAGAGUGGCCAAAGAGCAUCGCAACCAUGAAUUCAAGGCCGAUGAGAUGUCGAUCUUGGAAAUGCCAAUUGACGGAAGGCCCUACUUCUCGUCUCAAUUGCCAUCUUCGUACAUGGGCAGCUUACUCAUAAUGAACCGACCAAGCAUGCCAAUCGAAACGCUCUGUUCGUCUGACACGAGUGUCGCACAGAUUGCAGGUCUCAUUAGAGAAGCAGCCGCUCGUAUCACUCCUUCUCUCGUCCAUGACACGUUUACUCUUCUGCGGUCGAUGACAGACUACAGCAAGCCUGCGACGGCAAACAUGGGUCUUGAGCAUAUGCAUGCCAUGAUCUCCAACAUGAUGCUAUUCCAGACCAGCGAUAUCUCAUUUGGUGACUUGUUCUUUGCUGGCGGUAGUCCCGAGGCGAUGCGUCCCCAGAUCGAACGUGGCCACAGGCGGUUUAGGUUCUUGGUGAUAUCUCCAAUGAGAAAGGAUGGUGGCGUGGAAUUGGUCAUGGGUACGUUGCCUGAAGAGUUGAAGAUGCUUAUGAGCGAUGCGGAAUUCACCAAGUACGCGACACUGUUGGAUUACAAAGAGGUAUGA